CGCAGUUUUUCCGUGUCCACGCGCUUAACAUAGAAACAGUGCGUACUAAAAACUGGAUUUUCUUUUCUCGAAAUGUCUUAUUUGCAUAGUAACUGGAGGGAUCUUGACGCUUGGAGAAGUGAAGGAUUGUCACUAACAACAACUAGCAAUGAGGCAGCAAAAAUGUUUGAUGCUACCUUAACACAGUACACAGGAUGGUAUGAUGAUAGCAGUGUUGAUGGAAUUGAGGGUUCUGUUUCAAAGAUGUUAGCAACUGAUCCUAACUUUGUGAUGGGUCAUGUGAUCUCUUGUGGCUUAGACCUGAUCUCAUCAGGUAAAGGAAUUCACACAGAUGAAGAACUGAAGAACAGCAUUCUGUCCCUUGAAGGGUUAGCUGCCAAAAGUAACAUCACAAACAGAGAGAGACUGCAUGUCAAGGCAGUGAAAGAAUGGGCUGAAGGAAACACUGCACAAGCAUGUCUAACAUGGGAAGAUGUAUUAGUGGAGAACCCAACCGACAUGCUCGCUUUGAAAAUGGCUCACGACUCUUACUUCUACCUUGGAUACCAACCUCAGAUCAGAGAUUCCAUUGCACGGGUGAUGCCGAAAUGGAAGGAAAACAUGCCACUCUAUGGAUAUCUUCACGGAAUGUACGCAUUUGGCCUGCUAGAGACAGGAUUCUACAAACAGGCAGAGAGGCAUGCACUUAAGGGUCUGGAACUGAAUCCAAGAGAUUGCUGGAGUACACAUGCAGAGGCCCAUGUCAUAGAAAUGGAAGGGCGUCAGAAUGAAGGAAUUAGAUUCCUCAGCACGACAUUAAAUGACUGGACUAUGGGAGCUAUGCUAGCCUGUCACAACUACUGGCAUUGGGCAUUGUAUCACAUCGAAAAGGGAGAACAUCAAGCUGCAGUGGACAUUUAUGACGAGGAGGUUGGAAAACGUUGUCAUUCUGGCGCCAUGCUUGACUUAGUGGACGCCUCUUCACUGCUGUACAGACUUCAGAUGGAAGGUGUUAAUGUAAAUGAUCGGUGGAGAGAGCUGUUUCAUUUGUGGGAGUCACACACAGAUGAUCAUAUUUUGGCUUUCAAUGAUGUUCAUAUGUUAAUGUGUUCUCUGGGGGCUAAGAAGGAAGAUGCUACACUGAAUCUAAUGAUGUCACUUAGAGACUAUGUGAGGGAUGGCUCAGGAACAAAUUGCGAAGUGUCUAGGGGGGUUGGUCUGGCCCUCUGUGAAGCUUUUGAACAAGCCGACAAGGGAAACUUCGACAAAGCUGUGGACAUUUUAAAACCGCUCCGUUAUGAUGUAGUCACCAUUGGAGGCAGUAAUGCACAGCGGGACAUCUUCAGCUUAUUCCUAAUUUACGCUGCUCUACAUUCUUCACGUAAAGAGCAUCAUUACUUGGCGAGGAGCUUAUUAACAGAGAGGAAGGCUAUGAAAGAAAACGCUCCAAUGACAGACCGACUCAUGGGGCAGGCCCUAGCUCUACACGUGGAGUAAAGUCGUCGCCAGACCCUUAAAUUUGAGACUAGGAUGCAAAACACGAGUGCAAAAAAUAAAAUUCAGUGUUGCUAUGGUUUCAUCGAGACCUUACAACCAGGAUUUGAUGACUUUUGACUGUAAUUAUUUUUACACCAUUAUUUUAGUUUCAUGAAACUGUAAUUAUAGCAGAACCAUUGCAUGUCAUUAUGCAAAAAGGAGAACACCAAUGUAGACUCAAGUUCUAUAGUAAUGGUGUUUUAGUCGAUUUAUUGUUCGACAUCCUAUUUAAUUUGGUUACACAUGUAGGUUACUUAGUCAUAAAGAAAGAGUUAAUUCUCAACCUACAAGAAGUUUACACGUUAUUCAUCAAUAUUCAUAUUAAGAUAGUCUCUGAAGUGGAAGGUUCAUGCCUAUUAGGCACAAACUCAGCUACUUUCGCCUCCAUGCCAGCGCGAUAUCCCUCCCUAUGGUAAGCAGUGAACAUUGUUGGUGUAAAGAACUGAUGGUUAGUAGAGUGAUGUGGGAACAUCCCACAUAACGCCUCAGACAAGCUGCGACGUGUAUUCCCAUGGCAACAUUCACAGCAACAGAACGUCAAACGAUUGGCCUCUUCCGAUGACAGCUCGGGACCAGGCCCCCAAAGACCAGCCUCCAGAUCUCCAUCCGUGUCACGCAACGCUUCCUUCCAGGUCACAUAAGACGAAGUUUUCACUGCUUUUUCAGGAUGCCUGGGAACUAUGUAUAGGAUAUCCCCUUCGCCAACUUUAGUCUUCCCGUCGCUGUUAACGUUCUUAUCAUAAUAAUGUACCUUAAAUCUGACAAAAAUAAAGAACAAAUAUAAUCAAGUAGGGCAA